ACAAAACAAUCCAGUAUUUCUUUCAACAAAAAUAAAUAAUAACAAACAUGAGAGUAUGACAACCCCGCCGUCUCAACCACCGCCACAAAAUACCGUCCGUAAACUUGUGGUGGAAGUAGUCGAUGCACGUGACUUGCUUCCAAAGGACGGCCAGGGAAGUUCCAGUCCCUACGUCAUCGCUGACUUUGACGGCCAAAGAAAGCGAACCUCCACAAAGUUUCGGGAGCUCAAUCCAGUAUGGAACGAGCCAUUGGAGUUCAUUGUGUCGGACCCCAAAAACAUGGACUAUGAAGAGCUGGAUAUCGAGGUAUACAACGAUAAAAAGUACUGCAAUGGCAGUGGCCGUAAGAACCACUUCUUGGGAAGGGUUAAGUUGUACGGUAGCCAAUUCUCAAAGCGUGGAGACGAAGGGUUGAUGUAUCUUCCUUUGGAGAAGAAAAGUGUUUUCAGCUGGAUUAGAGGAGAGAUCGGCUUGAGAAUUUGUUACUACGAUGAGUUGGUUGAAGAGGAGCAGCCACCGCCAGAGGGUCAACCGCCGCCAAAUCAACCUCCUCCAGAAGAACCGUCGCAGAACACACCCGCGGUUGUUGUCGUUGAGGAAGGUCGAGCUUUCGAGGUUCCUGGACACGGGCAGACUUGUCAUCCUGUUCCAGAGCACUACCAUUGUCAACCGCCUCCGGUUACCAUAAUCGAGGAAUCUCCACCGCACGUGGUGCAACACUACCAUUGUCAACCGCCUCCGGUUACCAUAAUCGAGGAAUCUCCACCGCACGUGGUGCAAGUACCACCGGAUCCACCUCAUUAUGCGCCGCCAGAUGAGCCGAUUCCGACGGUGGAGGUGAUGAAGAUGCAGAGCGCAGGUGUUGAAAGAGUUAAAGUUUUGAAAAGACGAUAUGGAGAAUUUUCACCGAGGGUGAUCACUACUGGUAAAGCUUCCGGAGAAACUGCAACAGCAGAGAUGGUCCAUCCAUACAAUCUGGUUGAGCCGAUGAUGUAUCUAUUUGUGAAAAUCGUAAAGGCGCGUGGCUUAGCUCCAAACGAGAGUCCAUAUGUGAAAAUCAGAACGUCCAAUCAUUUCCGGAAAUCCGAACCGGCAUUUCAUCGGCCCGGUGAGCCAACCGACUCCCCCGAGUGGAACCAGGUAUUCGCACUGGGUUAUAAUAAGAAUGACUCCGCCAACGCGCUUCUGGAAAUCUCCGUGUGGGACUCUCAUUCGGAAAAUUUCCUCGGCGGUCUUUGUUUCGAUCUUUCCGAUGUUCCGGUGCGGGACCCACCAGAUAGUCCGCUGGCCCCACAGUGGUAUCGCCUCGAGAGCGGACCUCCAGAACAAGGGAAUAGAAUAUCCGGUGACCUUCAGCUGGCCGUAUGGAUUGGGACUCAAGCUGAUGACGCGUUUCCCGAAGCGAGGAGCUCGGAUGCGCCCUACGUGGCACACACGCGCUCUAAGGUUUAUCAAUCGCCUAAACUCUGGUAUUUGAGAGUUACCGUGAUUGAAGCUCAGGACCUUCACAUUGCUCAUAAUUUACCUCCGUUGACGGCACCGCAGAUUAGAGUGAAAGCGCAGUUGGGGUGUCAGUCUGUACGGACGAAGCGUGCGUCUAUGAACAAUCACAGCUCGUCGUUUCACUGGAAUGAGGACUUAUUCUUCGUCGCCGGAGAGCCGUUCGAAGACUCCUUGAUUUUGUUGGUCCAGGACCGUACAAGCAAUGAAGCAAUGCUCCUGGGACACAUCAUGAUUCCAGUGAGCUCGAUCGAACAACGAAUCGACGAGCGACACGUGGCGAGCAAAUGGAUUGCCUUGGAGGGAAGAAGCGAAGGUGGCUGUAGCUGUGGGCCCUACUGCGGGAGAAUUCAGCUACGAUUAUGUUUGGAGGGUGGAUAUCACGUGCUUGAUGAAGCGGCGCACGUGUGUAGUGAUUUUAGACCCACGGCUAAGCAGCUUUGGAAGCCAGUUAUUGGAAUUUUGGAGCUGGGGAUUCUAGGCGCACGCGGCUUGUUGCCAAUGAAAACCAAAAAUGGAGGUAAAGGCUCUACUGAUGCUUAUUGUGUGGCCAAGUACGGUAAAAAGUGGGUGCGCACCAGAACCAUCACUGACAGCUUUGAUCCACGCUGGAAUGAGCAGUACACGUGGCAAGUGUACGAUCCGUGUACUGUUCUUACUAUUGCAGUGUUCGACAACUGGCGGAUGUUUGCUGAUGUAUCAGAAGACAAACCCGAUUGGCGUAUUGGGAAAAUACGUAUUCGCGUAUCUACUCUGGAGAACAACAAAGUGUAUACAACUUCGUAUCCUUUGUUGGUACUGACGCGUUCCGGGUUGAAGAAAAUGGGCGAGAUUGAAUUGGCCGUUCGGUUUGCCUGCCCGUCAAUGUUACCGGAUACUUGCUCAGUUUAUGGGCAGCCACUGCUUCCUAGAAUGCAUUACUUACGGCCACUAGGCGUGGCCCAGCAGGAAGCGUUGCGUGGGGCUGCAACCAAAAUGGUGGCCGCAUGGCUGGGCCGGUCUGAACCCCCAUUGGGCCCAGAGGUUGUGAGGUACAUGUUGGAUGCGGAUUCUCAUGCAUGGAGCAUGAGAAAGAGUAAAGCAAAUUGGUUUCGGAUCGUUGCGGUUCUUGCGUGGGCUAUCGGGUUGGCUAAAUGGUUGUAUGAUAUUAGAAGGUGGAAGAAUCCGGUGACUACAGUUUUAGUGCAUGUGUUGUAUUUGGUUCUUGUUUGGUACCCAGAUUUGGUAGUACCAACUGGGUUUCUAUACGUUGUGUUAAUUGGAGUGUGGUAUUAUAGGUUCAGGCCCAAGACACCUUCGGGCAUGGAUACAAGAUUAUCACAGGCAGAAGCGGUUGACCCGGAUGAGCUAGAUGAAGAAUUCGAUUCAAUACCCAGUUCAAAACCACCGGACAUAGUUAGGAUGAGGUAUGAUCGGUUACGGAUGUUGGCUGCAAGGGUCCAAACAGUUUUGGGUGAUUUUGCGACCCAAGGAGAGAGGGUUCAAGCUUUGGUAAGUUGGAGAGAUCCAAGGGCCACUAAAUUGUUCAUUGGGGUUUGUUUAGUCAUUACAUUGGUACUGUACGCGGUCCCACCCAAAAUGGUGGCUGUGGCACUAGGAUUUUACUAUUUAAGGCAUCCCAUGUUUAGAGACCCCAUGCCGCCGGCUAGCUUGAACUUCUUCCGGCGGUUGCCCAGUUUAUCGGACCGAUUGAUGUAGAGUUGAAGAGUAGAUUAGGAAUUAAUAGUAAAUUUUUAGGCAUCAAGUGGAAAGUGGUGGGGAAGAGGGUGGAACAAAGUUUACUGUUUGUGUUGAAAAGUUGUUCCUUAGUAACAUUGUAAGGAGUGAAAAAAAAAAAAAAAAAGGGCGGGAUUAAAAGGGAAA